GUUUAGUACGUACAACUUCUAGCGACGUACCUUUAUCUGGUUACUGCGAAAUAAACCUUUUAGCGUAUACUCAAAAUCCAGACCGUUGUAGCGUUUAUUGCAGGGUCGUGCAGCUGCGCUGAAUAAAGCUCGAGUCCUCAAGCGACGACUCGAAGUUGUCCCGAAUUUAUGUCGUUUUUCGCAGCCUGCGCGCAGCGGGUUUGCGGGAAGGGAAAGCAGAACCGAACGGGCGACGGAAUGACUUCCCACGGGAAAAAAGCCGGGUUCUUCCAGACGUUGCGGGAUGGCAAAAAGCUCCACGAGCGCAUUUGCCUGAAUGCGGUCCUGCGGCCAUGGCGGACGCUGUUGCAGAUCACGCUCACCUGCAUCGUGCUGUACGUGCUAGCGCUGGUCACGAAGAACUAUUACCCCACCGGGCUAUGAGAGUGCACAACGCCCCCUCCCCCUCAUUUGUAAUGCCAAAUACCAAAUCCACGUCUUGCCUUCGAGCACAGCUUGCAUGACAAAUUUUGAACCCUCAAACAGUACUAUAAUCCGUCUGCAGAUUUGUCAUGCGGAUGUCACAUUUCUGGCGUUGCUUGUGUUGCUGCUCAUGCCAUUCAUAUGAGGGGGAGGGGGAGUUGUGCACUGUCAUGCGGGUCCGUCGAGGUGGAAAAAAACGUCAACAUUUGGCGGCCGAAGUCGCACAAGCUGAUGCAGGACCAGCAUGCGUUCGAGGCGGUGACGGCCUGGACGCCUUUGUGGAAGGAGGCAAGCGAGGAGUUCGAAACCGACGCGGAGCGGCACCGUCGCUUGGCCGCCGCUUUUCCCGCCGUCAAUCCCGAAGUGCAAACCGCCCUGCACGGCCCCGCGCCGUCCGCAGCGAGUCAGAAUUUCGGCGGCAACGCGCAAAUCGUGUACAAGACCAAGGGUGGCAAUUAUCAAAAUGAAAAGCUGGCGCAAGUCACGUUCUGAAGUACAAAGAAUCUGCUGUUUUGGAACGUUUUCAAAAAGCGACUUGCUGUUUUACAUGAAAGACCUGCGGGCCUUCUUAUCGCUAAAAUGGAACGGAGGCUGUGAAACAAGCAUCUCCACUUCCGCAGCAAAUGCUCCGGCUGCAGUGCAGCUAGGGUAGGUCUUCGCAACGCAAAUUGUUGCUCUACUUCUGCGUCGAAAAUUUGUGCUAUAGUGGUACGAAAAAUGUGUGGCACUUGAGUCCUCCUUGUGCUCCCAAGCUCUGGCGUACUUAAUAUGUGCGCUUUCUUUCAUUUCGAUACCAACUCUAACGUGUUUACAAGGGGGAAUUUGUACGCCAUGUGCCGGUUGGAGCAGCUGUGGUACACGUGGAACGAUUUCGAUGACGGUGCCAGUGGGAAGGACCGCUUCCUCCAGUCACACACGCGGCUGUCGAACCUGCUGGUGCAAAGUUUCGUCAGUCCGGGGAAAACGCUCAGCCAAAACGACCCCAACGCCUUUCCCGCGUCCGAUUGCGACUUGAUCUUGGCGAAGUCGCAGGCGGAAGUUGACGUGGCGGUGAAAGAACGAAUCUUCGACCUAUCCGGGCGCAGAAGUCAGAAGUCCUCUUCUUUUCAGUGCGAUCUCGUCCGUCGACUGCUGAUGAUUGAAUGAAAGCGCCAUGGUGAGCAGCAACUGCACCGGCAGCGACAGCGCUGCAACACAAGCUUGCAGAGGGCAACUUAUCUUUUUUCUACGAACAACUGCAAAGUUGUAGUCCUAUCGAACGAUAGGGAGGUGCAUCGACGUCAUCUGGAGUUUAUCAUGCAAGAUUGUGCGUAAAAUGGAUAUGGAACUUUUCGUUUUGGGCGGCGUUAUUUUUUGCUUGAGACAUUUAUCUUGUAAGUGAACGUGAACCAAUGAUUGUCAGAGAGGGACUCGUCCUGCUUCUGCCCUUCCAUACGACCGGUACGAGGUAGACAACCAGGCGCAGUUUGGGUUUUUCCUGGACAAGAACUUCAGUGCCAUGACCACCACGCCGAAAUUCACGUCGUUGACCCGUUCGGGGUUCCAGGAGCUGUCCGGCGAUUUUGCGAAAGCCGAGGACGCGCUGAAAAGCCUGCAAGCGUUUUUGAACGUCGAGUCGUCCUUUUUCCAACCCUUGUUCGUCGUGGACGACAAGGAGCACAAGUUUGUCCCCAUGCCGCAAUUUGCGCAGGCCGCGAACAACCUGGAGGUGCGCAUCUUCGAUCCGGCGCUGGCCAACGCGGCGGGCCGCAUGCUGAACCUCGGCCGCGACCUGGGCGUCGGACUGCCGAUCACGUUUCUGAUCGUGUGGGCGAUCAUUUUCUCCUUCACCAACCACAGCAAGUUCUGCGCCUCGUUCGUGCUCGUCUUCGUGUUUCUCUCCAUGCUCUCCGGCUACACGGGCUACUACCUGCUUGCGCGGCUGGCCUAUAUGGAGCCCUUCAUGUCGCUCACCCUGUUUCUCAUGCUCGCGGUGGGCGCCGACGACUUCUUCGUGAUCUGGGAGGCGGUGCGGCUGGAGCGGGCGCAGGCGCGACAAGACGCCAAGGAAAUCCUGCCGCAGAUCGAGGUGCUGACCGCGAUGCUGGAAAAUUAUGAGCUCCCGGUCACCGCGAUCAAGUUGCCCCAGGAGUUGGUGCUGCGGCAGAGGGAUAAAAUGAAGCUGACGCGCCAGAUGUUGAGCGGUGAGGUACAAGUGAAAGAUUCUUCUUCGGCGGCAGGCGUUUCGGACGGUCUUUCUUCUCCUGUUAGCAUCGAUAGUACAAGAACUGCCGAAAGCAGGCAGAUCGAAAUUUACCUGGCUUUGUACCGGGGAUCGCAGCGCGCCGCGGCCAGCAUGAUGGAGACCAGUUUGACGACGGCCUUGGCGUUUUUUUCCAUGGCGAGCUCCAACGUGCCCCCCAUCGCCAGUUUCGGCAUGUUCGCGGCCUUCAUGAUUCUCGGCAGCUACGUGCUCGCGGUGCUGUGCUUCCCCUCGGUAUCGUGAGUAAAAACGUCCCCACACCAGAGUUGUAAUGCAAAUCUGCAUGCUGAAAAUGUUUCUCAUGCGGAGACCCAUGAGAAGCAGUCUCUAGUCGUGUUGUGGGAUUUGUGAUGCUAGAAUCAGCAUGAUAUGCUAGAUCUGUGAUGCUGCUGAACAAGCUAAACAGGAUUACACUGCGAGGCCAAACUUGUCAUGCGCAGCAGCAAAAGCUGACAGAUUUGUCUAGCAGAUUUCCCAGCUUGACUCUGGUGUGGGGACGUUUUUACUCAGGAUACUCGGUCAUCGGGGCCUACUUGCUGCAGCUGGAACACAAGCCGACGGUGUGGCAGUGGUGCAAGGCGAAGUUGUUGCGUUUUUUCAACGCACGCAAGCAGAGCAACGAAGUUGUUCAGCAAGACGGUGAAACUCAGAAAAAUCAGGGUGUAACUGCGACAAGUAAUAACGGUGCUGCUGCGCUGAUGAUGCUGCAGGAGGGAUCGCCGGUGGUGAUCGAUACUAGCGAACAGCAUCACAAGUCGACAGACGGCAACAAGAACUGCGACUUCGGGUUGAAAAAUCUGCUGCAGGAACAGACGCCCGAAAAGCUGCAAGCUUCGGACGCCAAACUCGCAACAGGAAAUAAAGCAAACGCCAAUCAGCUGCACAACGGUUUGUUUCAAACCGCCUUCGUUGCGGCCAAUGCGAACGAUAGUACACCCACUGCAGCCAUCGAACUUGCGGUGGCGGGUUUUCCACCGGAAAAAAAACCCGGAAACUACGCAAAUACCGGGACCACGUCCAUGUUCACGACCGUCGCAAAUUAUACUAACGAGGAGGGGAAGCAGGAGGACGGGGAGCAGCAACAGCAGCGGACCACGCGCCUUCUCGACAAAGCUAUGGACAAGACGUUUGAGUUUUUGACCGCGAAGAGAAUCACCGUGAAAGAUAACUACACGCUUUUUCCGGUAGCUUUACUGACGGUGCUGCUCUUCACGUCCCUCUCUAUCUGGUUGUUUGCCGAGGCUACCACCCUCCCCUCGCCCUCCGCGCCGUUUGAGUUUCUGCCGGACACCCACAUCAUGACCGGGUUUCACUCGGACAACUACCAGCUCUUCCUGUCCAGCGGGUCGAAAUCCGAGUACCGCAAGCUGCACAUCGUGUGGGGGCUCAACGCCGAUCAGCCGUUGAAGAAUCACGACGAGCUGUCGAAGUUCUUCCCGUGGACCUGGAACGCGGACCCGAAUCUGGUGCCCAUCGACGCGACCGACAAGGACAGCGUAAGUUUUAUCCUGCGGCUCGGAGAGAAGCUGCAAAACCUGAACUGCAACGGCAAAAGCUUUUGCAAGGACCGCGUCGUUGGGAACAAGAUGUUCGUCCCCCGUUCCCUCGAGUGCGGGCUGCGAGACACGAUCUUUCCCCAGCUACGGACCAGUGCAACCACUCCGGCUACGAAGUUGACGGAACUAUACUACGACGGCGUAGGCGGAGGUUCAACAGCGUCAAUCUCCUCGACUUUGGACGCGAGCGGCGGCUUCGACUACACGACUUUGUCCAACCCUACGUGGUCAGCUGCAACAGCUGGAGCAGCCGCGGGCACGUUGAGCGCAGGCGUUCUAGCCAAGGAGUCUUACUACCGCUCGCACGCCUCGUACGACUAUUCGGCCCGCGCGAGGCACUCGUCGCCCGUGCGUCGAGUGUCCGGAGGCACUUCUGCGGCAGCGGAUGAUCCGUUUGCCGUUGACUGGAUCGAAACGACCGAUGCGGCGCACCCCGGGACGGGCACGUUUGCCGGUCGGGUUUUCAAGUGGAAAGGGAUGAGCAGUGCGGCCGGGGGAGCCUCUUUGCAGUACCAGCUCUAUUCCCUGACGAUCUCCAUCCCGCUCACCGCUUUGAAGGACGGUACCAGUUUCACUGAUUUGGAGUCCCUGAAGGAAACCGUGCGGGUAGGCGGGAAAUAAAAAAAGUUAUGUUUAUUUGGUGUAUUAAUUAAACCUCCCUGUAUUGAUUCUGCCGAACAUGAUGCACGGCACAGUUUGUUACUACGCCAGUCUUCGUCAUGCGCGAGAGCCGAGAACAUCUGCGGAGUUCAUGAAUGCUGUCUUCACGUACUUACAACUCGUACGCAAGCUAUGCAAAGGUGCGGCGUGCGUUCUGUUUUACACAAAGUAAAAACAUAACUACUUUUUUCCGGGCUAUAGAGGGAGCUUCUCGACCAAGAAAAUGCCAGAGCGCCGGCGAAGCUUGGAAAAGCAAUCCAGAUUGCGGAGUACGGAACCUACACGUUAAACUACGAGCUGAAGCAAACUUUGGUGUCCGGCCUGAUCCUCUUAAUCCCGCUGUGUUUCGCGAUCCUCCUCCUGGCCUCGCGAAACCUCGUCACGGCCUUCCUCGCGAUUUUUAACGUGAUCUGCAUCGUGUCGCAGGUGAUGGGCAGUUUCCGCCUGAUGGACUGGGAGCUGGGCCUGCUGGAAACGGUGGCCGGGAUUCUGGUCAUUGGCUUGGCUAUGGACUACACGCUGCACUUUUCGCACGUGUACACGGAGGCGGGCCGAAUCGAUAGUGAUGCUCCUCAUGUGGAACAAGCUGCGGAUGGAGAGAAUAAGCACAGAACAGGCGUCGAUCCGGAGUCGAAGCUGCACAGUGAGGACCACGACGGCCCUACGCACAGCUACGAGUCCCGCGAGUCCCGGGUGCAGUUUGCCUUCCAGCACAUGGGCCCGACGAUCUUUGCCGGUUUCUCAACCAGCAUCGCCGCGGGUCUGUUUCUGAUGCUGUUCUGCGUCACGCCCUUCUUCCAGCAGAUGGGGGUGGCGAUCUUUCUCACCAUCCUCUACUCGCUCGUCAUGUCGCUGUUUUACCUGCCCGCGGUGCUGCUGCUCUGCGGCCCGAGCGGGAAGUUCGGGGACUUGGUGCUGCUCUACCGCGAGUUCAAGGCCCGCACCAUCGGGGAGGCGCGUGGUUCCACGGGACAGAAGGAUGAAAGCGGGAUCAGAAACGGAGCGGCUGCGGUGGAGCCGUGAGGAAGAAAGGCUGUUCAGUACACUUUUUCUAUUUAUACUCGUUCCAGAGCAACACAGUCUGAGAUUACUUAUUAGUGAUCGUUUAUUCGAGACGAACAGGCACGGUACUAGUUUAGGUCAUUUUCCAAGAAUAAAGUUAGGCAAUUUCAAAUUCACUGUGCAUCAUAUUGCGCAGCAAACGGUAGUUAGUUCUACAGAGACACAUAGCAAUUGCUGUCCAUUUACUACAGUUCAGAUUUUUUGAUUUCAAAAAUCGUCGCACAUAAAUAACCCGGGGUGGUGCGUCCCCCAUGGUGCUUCUAUGACCGUUCUAUUGAAACACUGUAGAAGCUUCAUCAUGUAGUUCUCUUUUUUUGGCACGUAAAAAAAUGAACUUUUUGAAUAGGUAAAGAAGCUCUUCGUCUUGGCAUAGUUACACACAGUUUCUUCACAUGCUGUCCAGACGUCUGUUGCCACACAGAACAUGGAGAGGGCUUCACAGUCACAUACUAGCCGGUUACGUUUCUGCACAGCAAUGAUGAGCCAAUUGAUGUUGCACUGCACACGAUCGCUUUUUUAGGAGAGAGAUUCCCGUAAAAGGGAGGCGGAUAGGAAACAGGAUUCUCAGAAUGCUGAUUCCCUAUGCGCCUUCUGGUCUC